AUAAUGUUGGUUCCAGACACUGAGGAGAUGCAGCAAAAGCGAAGCCAGAAAGUUGCCGAGAUGGACCUCGAAGAGGAGACGGGAAAACCAGAACUCCAGGCAGAGGCUCCAGUUGAAACGAUAUUUGGCUUGUAGGCGAGGCGGAGAUUUGACGAAACGCCAUAUAACGUUGACACUGAAGAAGGGCAACAGGUUUGGCGAAGUUUUGCUUCAGAGAGAUGGAUGCAGGUUCCAGGUACCAAUGGGAGAGGCGUCGGCUGCAGUCACGACCUAUGGCAGAAAAGAUGGCAGCAUGGAUUUCUUUGCUCCGCUAUGGAUUCUCCAGGUGUGGUGUCAGAUCCAGAGAGCAAGGCUCCAUCAACAGGACCGCAUCAGGUGGCCCAAGAGUUUCCCAAGCGUGACGAAGCUCCAUAUAAUGAUGGAUCCGGAUACUGAAGAGAUGCAGCAUACAAAACAUGAGCAAAGCCAGAAAGUUGCCGAGAUGGACCUCGAAGAGGAGACGGGAAAACCAGAACUCCAGGCAGAGGCUCCAGUUGAAACGAUGUUUGGCUUGUAGGCGAGGCGGAGA